AUGUCUAAAAUUCAAAAUAUAACUACUUCUAAUAAUAAUACAACUACUUCUAAUACCAAUAAUAAAACUAAAAUAAAUAAUAACAGAAGGUUUAAAAAAAAACAAGUUCAUUACAAUAAAGUUAUUAAUGUUAAUAAUGAGAUGUUUAAAAUUCAAGAUAUAAUUACUUUUAAUACUAAUACUAUUGAUGUUAAUAGUAAAAUAUCUAAAAAUCAAGAUACAACCACUUCUGCUAAUAAUAAAACAAAAUUUUAUAAACUGAAUAACUAUAGUAACAAGGUUAAAAAAG